AAUCAUAAUAAAAUUCGCAGUGAAGUGAAUGAAGUUUCAAACGUAAUCGAUAUGACGACACCAACUUUAUAAAUGAAAGGUUUUGUGCGGCGUACAACCAGUUGACUGAAUACUGUGAGACGUUCGGCUACAGUGCGAGCCAACGUUCAUGCCCAAAUCUCGUAUAAUAUUAUUAAAAUACCCAAUAGUGUCGCAAGUGUUUGGUGUGUCAUUGAUUACAUAAAAAGUAAAAAUGCGCUGCCCGUUCUUAGGAUCGUUGAACCAAGCCUUCGUAAAGAAUUACGGAGCAACUCUUAUGAAACAAUACGGAAACUACUGCCCUAUAAUUACUCGAGGAUUCCGCUCUCUGGGCGUCGAUGAAACCAAGUGCCCCUUCAUCCAGCAAAAUGUGGGAAUAUCCGAGGCACCCAAGGAGAUGACGGAAGACAUCACCGAGCCCGCGCAGUCGUACCACUAUGAGAAGUUCUUCCAUGAGCAGAUCAGUGCCAAGAAGAGGGACUACUCAUACCGCAUCUUCAGGAAGGUGUCCCGGUUAGCAGCGGAAGGCGUGUACCCGCAGGCUCUGGAAGGCCCCGACAACCAUCGUGUUACCGUUUGGUGCGCCAAUGACUACCUCGGUGCCUCUCGUCACCCUGUUGUUCAAGAUGCUGCUAUUAAUGCCAUUAAAGCCUAUGGUACUGGAGCUGGAGGCACCAGGAACAUUGCUGGAAACUCUCAGAUGACAGAAAAACUUGAAGCCGAAAUAGCUCAUCUGCAUAAGAAACCUGCAGCCUUAAUAUUUAGUUCAUGUUUUGUUGCUAACGAUGCAACAUUGUCUACCUUAGCAAAAAUUCUACCUGGCUGCUUAAUAUUUUCUGAUGCUGGGAACCAUGCCUCUAUGAUACAGGGAAUAAGAAACAGUCGAGCACCAAAGCAAAUAUUUAGACAUAAUGAUCCAAAUCACUUGAGAGAGUUACUAUCUCAAUCACCGGAAGGUGUACCCAAGCUAGUCGUGUUUGAGACUGUCCACUCCAUGAGUGGAGCGAUAUGUCCGCUGGAUGAAAUGUGUAACAUAGCCCAUGAGUAUGGUGCUCUGACAUUUGUUGAUGAAGUCCAUGCUGUAGGCUUAUAUGGGAAACAUGGUGCCGGUAUAGGGGAAGAGAGAGGGAUACAGCACAAGAUAGACAUAGUAUCCGGAACAUUGGGGAAAGCAUUUGGUAAUGUUGGGGGCUACAUUGCUGGGUCUUCUCUAUUGGUAGACACAGUGAGAUCCCUAGCCCCUGGCUUUAUAUUCACCACGGCGCUACCGCCGCCUGUACUGGCGGGGUCGCUAGCCGCCAUUAGACUUCUCGCAAGUGAAGAAGGCAGAAGCUUGCGAGCUAAGCACCAAGCUAUUGUGCGAUACCUGAAGCUGUCGCUUCUUGUGGCAGGGCUGCCACAAAUGCCGUCAGUCAGUCACAUUGUACCUGUACCUAUAACGGGCGCCGAUAAAGUGGCCGCCGUCGCCGAGUCUUUGAUGAAGAGGGGUCAUUACGUACAGGCCAUCAACUACCCGACGGUGGCAAGAGGGGAGGAGCGACUGAGGUUCGCGCCUGGCCCCUACCACACUACGGAGAUGAUCGAUAGUCUGGUCACAGCCCUAACAGAAGCAUUCCAUGAGAACAAUAUAAGUUUCAACGAGUUUAUGAAGAAUGGCACAUGCCGCGAGUGCAGCAUGGAGUACAAGGUUGACAUUGCGUACGAGGAGCCAAGCUUCAAGUACACGCAAGUCGCGUAAGUUGACCUUGACAUGACCCCGCCGAAACCAUGACAUUGGUCGCUUGUUAUAAUUAAAAAUAUAUAUAUAAUAUAAAGAAAGAAUAUGUAAGCUAUUAAAAAUGUAUGUUUCUAUUUUAUUGUUAUUCUAUUGCGGUUCAUGGUUCAUGUUAGGUUGAAAUUAAAACGUGGUAUCAAGGAA